AUGUUCAACAAGAUCAUCAAGAGGGGAAACCGCAAGGGCGCGCGCGGGGACAGCGCGGAGCCCGCCGCGCGCCCCGCAGCGCCCUCGUCGUCCUCCGGGAGCGGCGGCGGCGGCGGCGCGGGGGGAGCCGCGCCCGUCACCGUCAACCACGCCUCCCGGGCCACAGCGCCUUCGCCGUCCUCGCCCACGUCGCCGCACGUCGCGCCGUCCGCGCUCGCGACCAACCAGGCGGCGGGGUCGGCGUCACCGCCACUCCUCGAGCCGCUCCCGCUCCUCCGCGACGUCGCCGCUGCAGACCGCCCGGGCCUCCUCCUCCGCAAGCUCCGCCUCGUCGCCGCGGUCUUCGACCUCUCGGACUCGCUCAAGCACCCGCGGGAGAAGGAGGCCAAACGCCAGGCGCUUCUCGAGCUCGUCGAUUACGUGCAGGCUCCAGCUCAGGCCGCGGGCGCCAACGCGCAAACGCGCCUCCCGGACCACGUCCAGGAGGCGCUCGUCGCCGCCAUCUCUGCCAACAUCUUCCGCCCGCUGCCACCCGCGCUGCACGAGUCUGCCGCCGCGAUCGACCCCGGCGCCGCGCUCGACGAGGAGGAGGAGCCAUACCUCGACCCCUCCUGGCCACACCUCCAGCUCGUCUAUGACCUCCUUCUCCGAUACGUUGUUUCGCCCGACACCGACACCAAGGUCGCCAAGCGGUAUGUGGACCACGCCUUCGUCCUCCGCCUCCUCGACCUCUUUGACUCCGAGGAUCCGCGUGAGCGCGAGUACCUCAAGACCGUUCUCCACCGCAUCUAUGGCAAGUUCAUGGUACACCGACCAUUCAUCCGCAAGGCCAUCAACAAUGUGUUCUACCGCUUCAUCUUUGAGACACAGCGCCACAAUGGCAUAGGGGAGCUCCUUGAGAUCCUUGGAAGCAUCAUUAAUGGCUUUGCCUUGCCAAUGAAGGAGGAACACAAGCUAUUCCUUGCCCGUGCUCUCAUCCCCCUGCACAAGCCUAAAUCUGUUGCGAUCUACCAUCAGCAGCUGUCCUAUUGUAUUGUUCAGUUCGUUGAGAAGGACUACAAAUUAGCAGAUACAGUGAUUAGGGGUCUGCUCAAGUAUUGGCCAGUCACAAAUUGCCAGAAGGAGGUGUUGUUUCUGGGGGAGCUUGAAGAAGUGCUCGAGGCAACACAGCCUGCAGAGUUCCAGCGGUGCAUGGUGCCACUGUUUAAGCAGAUUGGCCGAUGCCUUAACAGUUCCCACUUCCAGGUUGCUGAACGCGCUUUGUUCUUGUGGAACAACGAUCACAUUGUAAGCUUGAUAGCGCAAAAUCGUGGUGUUAUAUUUCCAAUUAUAUUUGAAGCACUUGAGAGGAAUAUACAGAGCCACUGGAAUCAAGCAGUUCAUGGUCUCACUGCAAAUGUGCGCAAAAUGUUUUUGGACAUGGACAGUGAACUAUUUGAAGAGUGCCAGCAUCAGUACAUGGAGAAACAAGCAAAAGCCAAAGAGAUGCAGGAGCAACGAGAAUCAGCAUGGAGACAAUUGGAAGCUGUUGUUGCUGCCAAGGCUGCUGGAGAUGAUAUGGUUUUGGUCAACUAG